AUGGCGAAAGCACGCAUCAUCCUGGGUCUGAUGACCUUUGGCCCCGACGCAGACAAGGGCGCCCGUGUUACCGAUAUCGAGGACUUCAAGAAGGCGCUCGAUGUCUUCCAGGGCUACGGCUACGACGAGGUCGACACGGCCCGCAUCUACGUCGGCGGCCUGCAGGAGGGCUACACGCGCCAGGCCGGCUGGAAGGAGCGCGGCCUGUCGCUGGCCACCAAGGUCUACCCCGUCACCCCGGGCAUCCACAAGCCUGCUACGCUUACCGAGUACUUUGAGACGAGUCUGAAGGAGCUGGGUUCGGACAGUGUCGAUAUCUUCUACCUCCAUGCUGCUGACCGCAGUGUUCCGUUUGCCGAGACCCUCGAGGCCGUCGACAAGCUGCACAAGGCAGGCAAGUUCAAGCGCCUGGGCCUGAGCAACUUCACUGCCUUUGAGGUCGCCGAGAUCGCCCUCACGGCCAAGUACAACGGCUGGGUGCGUCCUUCGGUCUACCAGGGCAUGUACAACGUCAUCCUGCGCAGCAUCGAAGCCGAGCUGAUCCCCGCCUGCCGCCGCUACGGCCUCGACCUUGUCGUCUACAACCCCAUUGCCGGCGGUCUGCUGUCCGGCAAGGUGGCCAGCACCGACGCAAAGGACAUCCCCACCGAGGGCCGGUACUCGGACAAGUUCCUCAAUGGCGCCGCACGUGCGCGCUACUGGCGCAACGGCACCUUUGCGGCUGUGGACGCCAUGCGCGAGACGGCGGCCAAGCACGGCAUCUCCAUGAUUGAGAUUGCGCUGCGCUGGCUGGUGCACCACAGCGCCCUCGAUGUGUACGGCAAGCAGUUCCACGACGGCAUCAUCAUUGGUGCGUCGAGCCUCGCGCACCUCGAGUCGAACCUCAAGGACCUGGCCAAGGACCCGCUGCCCCAGGAGAUCCUGGACGAGGUGGACGACGCGUGGCGGCUGGCCAAGGUGGACACGUCGCCGUACUGGCACCUGGAUCUCAAGUACACGUACGACACGCAGGAGGAGCUCUUUGGUGAAGGCAAGAAGUAG